UCAAAGCCAAAAUUAUGGCUAAGAAAAGAUCUACUAUCAAGACCGAUCUAGAUGAUGAUAUAACUGCCCUUAAGCAGAGGAGUUUUGUGGAUGCUGAGGUAGAUGUGACCAGAGAUAUUGUCAGCAGAGAGAGAGUAUGGCGGACAAGAACAACUAUCUUACAGAGCACAGGAAAGAGGCUGGAAAGUCCAAGAUCAAGGAACUGCAUCUGAUGAGGGCUUUGUUACUGCAUCAAAAAUGGCGGAAGAAUUUUUCAAAGAAUAUUUUCGCAAUUCUUCAAUCAGUAAAAGCCAGAGAAGAAGGGCGUGCCCCCGAACAACGGCCAGCUCCAAAUGCAGCCCCUGUGGAUCCUACAUUGCGUACAAAACAGCCUAUUCCAGCUGCCUACAACAGAUAUGACCAAGAAAGAUUCAAAGGCAAAGAAGAAACGGAAGGUUUUAAGAUCGAUACUAUGGGUACCUACCAUGGCAUGACGCUGAAAUCUGUCACGGAAGGUGCAUCUGCCCGUAAGACUCAAACUCCUGCAGCCCAGCCUGUACCUAGACCAGUGUCUCAAGCAAGACCUCCCCCAAAUCAGAAGAAAGGGUCUCGAACACCCAUCAUUAUUAUUCCUGCAGCUACCACUUCUUUAAUAACCAUGCUUAAUGCAAAAGACCUUCUACAGGAUCUGAAAUUUGUCCCAUCAGAUGAAAAGAAGAAACAGGGAUGUCAACGAGAAAAUGAAACACUAAUACAGAGAAGAAAAGACCAGAUGCAACCUGGGGGCACAGCAAUUAGUGUCACAGUCCCUUACAGAGUAGUAGACCAGCCUCUGAAGCUUAUGCCUCAAGACUGGGAUCGAGUCGUAGCUGUUUUUGUACAAGGUCCUGCUUGGCAGUUCAAAGGUUGGCCAUGGCUUCUACCUGAUGGAUCACCAGUUGACAUAUUUGCAAAAAUUAAAGCCUUCCAUCUCAAGUAUGAUGAAGUUCGUCUAGAUCCAAAUGUUCAAAAAUGGGAUGUAACAGUAUUAGAACUCAGCUAUCAUAAACGUCAUUUGGAUAGACCAGUUUUCUUACGUUUCUGGGAAACAUUGGAUAGAUACAUGGUAAAGCAUAAAUCCCACUUGAGAUUCUGAAUCAUUUAAUUCCUCCUUUUCUGAAAACUUGGAUUAAGAAGCAUGGAUAUAGCUUGAUCUACAGACUGAAACCAAGCUUUAUGAAUUCAUCAAGAACUUGUAAAUGAAGAAGGACACAGAGUAGUCUUUUAUAAGACCUUGUUUGAUGCUGUGUGCUUCAAAGGGGCAAUGCCUCCCAUCCAUACAAGCAAACUUUUUUGGCUUACAACUAUUUUUUUAAUAUUAGCCUUCUAGUCUGUAAUGGAAAUUGUAUAUUUUGAUAGAAGUUUUUUCUCUAUUGGUUAAAUUAGCAUUACUUAAAAUUUGUUUCUUUAGAAAUAAAUACAGGUUAUAAAUGUGUGUAUAUUUAGGAGUUAUUAGGCUCUUCAAGCCAUCUUGCUUCUGAUUUUUCAUUGCUCUAUGGUUCCUUUUACUGGAAAAUACUGUCAUGAUGGUAUUAAAUUUUAGACUCUAGAACUUUAAAACCCUAUUCAAGGGAAGUAACUAUUAAAUCAGUUGAAAGUCAGCUUGUGUGUAUACUAUGUCUAUACUAACUCAUGUUUAAAAAGGAAUAAUGAAAAAUCAAGAACAAGUCUUCAGUUGAACUCUUCAGCCUUUUCAAGAUUUCUUUUGUAAAUGAAUACAUUUAAUGAAUGUACAUUCUCUUUGUUGACUUUGAUGAUUUUAAACUUAAAGUGAUAUAUUUCUAUCUGGGAUAUGUUUCCACUUGAAAAGAAAUCUCAAAAAAAAAAAAAAAAAGCCCAACAAAGAUAAAAGUGAAAUAGACUGUAGUGAUUUUUACUUGGGAAGCUGAAGUAUGAUUUGGGGGAAUGAGUAUGUGUCAGCGUAGUUACAGUGUAACUUGAACCUCUUCUAAGUCUGACUUUGAUUCUUAUUUUAUAUGCGAUAAGAUUUUGAGUCUUCUAUUUGUACACAUGUCAACUUGGAACUUCUUAUCUUCCAUUAAUCCUAAAUAUUGAUAAAUUCCCAGGCACCAAAGAACAUAUUUGCUUACGUGUCUGAACAGAAACAAGAUAAAAACACUGGUAUUUUUAUGUGUGUGUGUUCAAUGUGGUAUAAAAUAUAAAACCUAUAUUUUAACUUAGUGAAAUAUUUUACUACUCCUCUACUUUAGACAGUGUUGCAUCCUAGCCACAAUGAAUGGCCACGUUCCUUGAGUUCUGCUUUGUCUGACUACGCAUGGAAUGCUUAUUCCGUGAAACUGAUCUUUCAUUAGAGCUGUUGACCAUCCCACUUUAUAUCUUCUUUUCCUCAGUGACUAUCCCUUAGCUUAUCAAAUUGGGGGAGCACAGUAAAACAUUUAGCUCUUGCUUUUAUUUAGGUGAAUUUAUUCACUUAGUAAUUUUAUUCACUUAGUAAAUAAGUAAAUUUAUUAGCCUAUUUAGAACUUAAUGCUAUGGUAAAGAUGAAAAACUAUUAUUUAUUUUAUUAACUUCCAACGAAAGUCCAUUAUCAGUAAAAAUGGGAAGGUAUUUAUUCAGAUGGAAUUCAGGGGGCUCUCUAGAAGAAAAACAGCUAAUGUUUUAAAAGACUUCAAUACUUUUGUAGUUUUAGUAGGUUCUGUCCACAAUUUCCCCUUCUUGCAUUCAUUUCUUGAUGAUAGAAGAAAACUCAACUUUGCUCACAGAAUUUCUCAGCAUAUAAAUCUAUUCUUAAAUUAUGAAAUAAUUAAACUUUCUGUAUAAUGAAAUGGUCAACAACUCAAACCUGUAAUACCUUAGUUUAAGAAUACUUGUUAGGACUACUGCAAAGGACAUGAACUGCCACCUUUCCAUAAAGAUGUUUGGUAUUUGUUCUUAAUAGCUGAAGUUUAGGGGUUGGGGAUUUAGCUCAGUGGUAGAGCGCUUGCCUAGCAAGUGCAAGGCCCUGGGUUCGGUCCCCAGCUCCGAAAAAAAGAAAAGAAAAAAAGAUAGCUGAAGUUUAAUUGAGCAGAGUAUGGUUAAAAUUAAUACCUACUUUGGACAAGGUUUAUUUGUCUAUUUUAAAUUUGCUUUGUGAAUAGUCAGAGGCUUCUGGAUAUAGUCUGUAACAGCAAGGCUAGAAGUAUGCUUUACAUAUGUUAUGAAAUCAGAUCCUUUGUGUGUAUUAGAAUUUCUUGUUUUAUUUUUAAGAUUUAAAAAGUUUUUUCAAGGUAGCAAGGUAAUGAGUUUCAUGGCAGCAUUUUGAGGGACCCAUGUCACCUUACAUUGUUCUUUUCCUAUUCCCAGCUCUCUUUGCCUCCAUUUUCUUUCUUUUUUUUUUUUUUUUUUUUUGCUAUCACAUAUCUAUUUCUUUCUCUUGUUCUACCUCACCUUUUCUUAGAAGCUCUUCUUCCUUCUGUAUCAUAGUUUUUGUUUCCUUACCUAUACAUAGACAUGGACAUAAAUUAAAAUAAUUACUCAACAUUUUGGACCCUUAAAUAGGUUUAUGAAAUUUUAUAAUGAAUAAUUAUAAAACAAAUUUUUAAAAAAUCCACUAUGCUCUACCAGUCAUUCUUUAUUCUCUUGUGACUCAGUUCAGCAGUAGCAGCUAACACAAUGCUUUGCAUACUUAGGCAUUCCGUAGUUACAUGUGUAAGUGGAUGAUUUUUUCAGCAUAAGUCCAUUAAAACAGUUUUGCCUUUAUUUGAUAUUACAGUUUGAGAAUACAAAAUUAUAGGGCAUGAGAAGCAAUAGAUAACUUAAUGAAAAUGAAGUACACAGUAUUAAGUUCAGCUUCCUGUGAGUUCUUAAUGGAGGUACUCCUGUCAGCUUUACUUAAGGAAGGUUCUCUUAUAUAAUCUUCUGAGUAACAGUAAGAAAAAAUAUACAGUUUUUAAACAGAAACUCACCAUUUGGAAACAAUUAAAAAUAUAAUUUUCAAAAGUUUUCCAGAAAAACUUCUUUUUGAGAAAGAGGUAGGAUUCACCUAUUUACAUUACUGGAAGUAGUGUCAGCAUUAAGGGUCUUGCUUUCUCCUCUUCAUCUAUGGCUGAUUUGUGUAUGUAUGGAUGCGGUUUUUUGAGGCCACUCUUUGCACUAGAACAUCUCUCACAUUGGUGAUACUGGCCUAUAUCCCCAAAUGACAAAUUCAAAUCUUAUUUAUUUAAGGAGUAUUUUGCUGUUUAAUAUUUAAACAACAUUUAAUAUAUUUCAUUAUUAAUUAGUAUUAUAGCUUACGGUUUGUUUCCUGUUUGCUUAUUGCUUUACUAAGUAUUUUUUAGCAGAGGCAGAACGGCAGCUUAUACAGGAACAAGUAAUUCAUGGUGACGAGAACCUCAAGUCUUUUAAGUUCAAGGAACUAUUAUUUUCUUUGCUGUGCAGAGUAGGAUACAAUUUAAUUAUGAAAAGAAAGGCAUAGUUUACACAAAAAAGUUUUCACCUAAAGAAGAUUUACUAUCUAAAUAAACAUUGAGGAGACUUUUACCUACAUAAGAAUUUCUGUGACUCAACACAAAGUGACAACAGUGUUCUCUUUUUGGAAAGUGGGCAGGGAUUACUUAUUACACCGAUGAGCUAUGCAAGAGUUUUUUGACAUUUUACAGUAUCUUACAAUAUUAUAAUUCAGUAAUUACUGAAAGUCAAAAUUAGUCAUUUCGAGUGUGGCUUUAAAGUUCAUUGAGUUUUGUUUGUUAUAUUGUCAUUUGUUGGCUUGAGAAUAAAUAAACUCAGAGCCAUCUGCAUUCUAGGCAAGCACUUGUACCACUGAUGUCCACUCUGAACCAUGAAUUGUGAAAUUAUUUACAUGUAGAGUCAUAGCUAAACUAGGGAAGUUUAUUUUUGCUUUUAGUCCCCCCCCCCCCCCCCGGAAUGUUUUUAAAGCAUGAGUGUGACUGCUCAUACAUGUACUCACAUGCAAAUCAAAAGGAUAACCAUUCUGUUGAGGUCAAAUUCAUGUAGAAUGCUGAGAAGAAAAUUAAGAUUAAGUCUGUAGAAAUUUGUUUUUAACUGAAAAGCUGGUGGUAUUUUUCAAAUAAAUGAAAUUUAAAUUAUAUUCACUUUGAAAUUACUGAACUGAAUGUUCAUUAUCCACUUGUAUUUUAGUUUCACAUGACGAUUCUCUUUAAAUUUAUAGUAAAAUGGAGAAUUGACUAACCUUGACUUAGAGAAUUUGAUUAUGGUUUAAAUUAGGUCCUAAGUUUUCUGGUAUAUUCAUGGCUGUGUUUAGAAGUAUGUGUUGGCCCUAACAUAGUUUCUGCACUAACAUUGGCAGAACAACUAAGAAAAUUUGAAAAUGUACAAUAGUUGUAUAAAUAAUUCUUUUGAAUAAGUACACAAUAGGUUAAUUAUGUUUUCAGGUCUUUGAUGUGUUUGGGAUUGUGUAUUAGGGACUUCAUAAGAGUAUCUUGAAAGUUAAAAAUUGCCACAUCCUGAAAUGCAGUAAGCAUUUUUAUAUAAAUAAAGUUUGCGGACCACAACUAGUUUUGUGCCAAAAUUAAAGAGAUGGAAUAAUAAUAUGUCAAAACUAAGCAAACGUUCUUUCCAAGUAUUUUGUAUACUUUUAAAUUUUGUUUCUAUUUUAAAUGUAAGUAAAGCUACUUAACCUCCAACUUGGGUUAGACUUCUGAAUAGGUAACCUUAUUUCUUCCAUGGUAGUAUCCACUGUAACUGCUUGCUUAAUCAUUAACUAGUACUGUUUGUGAAGCAGAGCAGUUCCUGAAUAGAGCUUACUUGAAGCCUCUGCUAUCUGAUGAAAUGUUCUCAUUCUCAUUUAAAUUGUGGGCCUUAUUUUACAGAAAAUAGUUUGCAGUUAUCUUGGGAAUAUAUCUACCAUCCCUCAAUUUCCCCCAAAAGACUCCAAACAGAGAGAGAGAGAGAGAGAGAGAGAGAGAGAGAGAGAGAGAGAGAGAGAGAGAGAGAGGUGUGUGUGUGUGUACGUACACGUGCGCAUGUAUACAUACCUGAUUUAUGCCUACCAAGAAGGCAGAAGUAUUGUGAGUUUGGGAUGUUUUCUCUAUGUAAAGUGAUUCAACGAUAUUUGUCAGGCAUAGUAUUUCUGUUCAGGAAAUAAAGAUGUUUACUUUUUUGGAACCAAUGAAUUAAAUUCUGUUAGUCUCUUUUUUUCAGUUAAAUAAUUUCUAGAAUUCUUCAUAAAGGCAGCAGGUUUUAUGGCCUACUGAACUUCUAAUUGAAGUAUGUCAAAUAUCUUGUUAUUGUAAUAGUAUUAUACAUCUCAGUAUUUUACAUAUAAAUAGCCUGAUUUUAACGUAAAUUUCAAAACUACAUUUCCAUAUAAUCAAAUAAUUAACAACAUUGUCAUAUUGGCAAUGGCAGAAAUAAUAUGUGAAUCUGAUGUGACAGUUUUCUAAUGAAGGACUUAAUGGGCUAUAUUUAAAUUUAAUUUUUGUUUUCUUCAUCAAUGCUCAAUAAAUGUAAAUUUCUGUUUCCUUUGAUCAUCUGCUCUUAGAUCCAUGUCCUUGUAAUUAAAACGGAAACUGAAUGUGCUCUUGGGUUAUGUUAUUUUAAGGCUCAGGGGUACAUUUAUUAAUAAUAAAUAGCAUAUUGCUAGGUAAGUUUUUUCUUUAACAUUUUCUAAAAUAAGUUCUUUUUUUACUUAAGUGUAUAAUGAUCAGUCUUUAGGGUGAAUUAAAAAGCUGAACAGCAUUUUCUUAAAUGACCAUAGAAAACUUAAUCAGAUAGCUCUGAAGUCUGUCUAACAGUUAACUGCAGGACCUUUGUCUCAGAAUUUAUAGUUUGUAUUUCAUCCUUAUGUGAAGAAUGCUGAACUUAUGUGUACACACUGAAGCUGAAGACAUCUGAGAGAUUUGUUGCUACAUUUUGCUAUUUUAUUGGACUCUGCUUCAUUUGCCAGUGAUUUCCUAGGAGAGAACACAGUAGGUCAUUCACUAUGGUAAAACAUGGUUGGUUAUGUAUUCUUAGAGAGCUACCUUCCUCGAAUGCCAGUGCAAGGACUAAAUGUGAUGAUGUCUUUUUUUUCUUUUAUGUUGUCAGAUAAUAUACAUGUUCUUUGAAAUGGAGCAGUUUGAAAGUUUUUCAGACUGAUCACCGAAAGAUACAAAAGUGAGCCUCAUGGCUCAUUAAGUUGUUUUCAGCAUCAUUAUAUAUUUGGUAGUUUUGACUGGAAAAUGGUUUGAAAUGUUUUGUUUUUAGGUGAUGUAUUUUUAUUUUAUAAUGAAUAAUCCAUUACAGAAACAAAUGUAGAAUCACAGAUAAAAUAAAUUAAGCUUUAAAGUAGUUUAAGAAUAAAGGAAGUUGAUAUGGGGCUUUGAAGAGAAGUUACUUGAGAAUUUUUACCUAAAGGAGAAAUAGAGUAGAAUGAGUUUGAGAGCUAAGUAGACCUUUGAUGUGGUUUUUCUCCAGCAACAUUUAGCUGCUAAUUACAAGUGUAGAGAAUCAAAGUUAGAUUGAUUCUUUCAUUCAUGUAUUUAUUUAUUGAUUAAUUGCUUUUUGGUGGAAUUAGAAGCAGUUGGAUUCAUUUGCUAGGAUGGUAUGAGUUGAUAGCAGGUAGAAUCCAAGUUGUACAAAGAGUACGUCAUGGAGAAGAGCCAGUGAGAAGGUGGCCCUUCUGUACACUCGAAGCUUCUAUAGAGUGGAGCUUGAGAGAAGAGAAGGGGAGAUUGAGUGGGAUGUGUAAAAUCAAGAUUUUUCAUAAAGUGCCAGUACCAAAGUCAUUUUGUUUUUUUUAAAAAAAAGCAUCUCCUUUACAAAGACUAACUUGAGAGUUGAGAGGUGACUGCUGGGUACUAGGAAAAAAGGUAUCCUUGAAUAUACUGGUGGUAAGAACAGAUUUCAUAUUCUGGAGAAUUUUUCUUUGACUUCUCUAUGCUGCAAUGUUUACUCCAUUUGUUCUAGACUUGGAAUAAGAACUGAAGAUGACUUCUUUUCUCACAGUGAUUCUUACCUAAAUUUUCCUUUCAUUGUUAGCAUGAAGUGAUUGGUAUGUCUUAUGUUUUUGGUGGCCAGGUUUUUUCCCAUCUACUCCUUCAUUGAUUUCCUACCAACCUCUAAUCAUGCAGCUGUAACCCAACAUUAUUCCAUUUUCUUCCCAGAAGUGACCUUACCUUUUCUUGAUAGAGGAAACAGAGCCAUGGAUUUCGUGAUACUGUAUUGUUUACGCCUUGAAUACACAUGCAAGCAUCUUUUCUUCCUAAUGGUCUAGUGUCCAACUCAAUAGGGAUUUGUAUUUGUCUACAAUUUUUGCAUUAUUGCAGGAUUUGCCAUCUUUUGCAUAUUUCUCUUGUCACCCUGUAGUUACACCUUUUGCACACAUUUGUUGUCAUCGUUUGUCUUAAGCACCAGUGAUGUUCUGGGAGAAGGCUUGAUUACUUUCACCCACUUCCCUCUUUCUGCCAGUGAUCCUUCUUAGUCACUAGACAAGUGGUGUUGGCACUAAGGACACAUUUACAGUCUGUUGGGUCUGAAUGGAGUUGGGGCUCUAGAGUCUUUCUUUCCAAGAUCAUGGACUUAGGAAAACUGGUGGCAUCCACAUUUUGCUGCUAAGGUACUUCCAGUGUACUUUCUGGGUCUCAUGGUAAGCUCAGCGUUGUUAUGCUUGGAGAGGGAAAGUCUUUAAAUAGUGGGAAAACUGGAGAUUUCAUUGUUUUCAUUGACAAUCUGUUGGGUAACAAGUCAUCAGCCCACAAAAUAGAGGUAAUUCACUUCUUGUCCAUGAUUAUUACUGACUAGAAUAUUUCAUGGUAUGAUUUGUGUCAAAGUUGGAACCAGUAGACAAAGGAAAGUAGACCAAAAAGGAGAAGCAAAAAGGCCUUGUUGGUUGAGAUGGAGGACAGUUUGAAUUUUUAAACGUUAUCUGAGAAAAUUCAUAGGCUAGGCUUUCUAAAGAGCAAAACAAAAUUUCUAAAAUGUUAGCAAAGAAAGGAGUGGCCAAAGUUGGUACCAGAUUAAUAGCUUACUAAGAAGGCAAAUCUUGGAAGAUACAUGAAGAUCGCAACCUCUAGGAGACAAAUACAGAGUACUGAGUGAGGCUAAGAAGAACCAGGAAAUGCAAGAUGUGUUGGGCACAACAUGUAAAUGUUAGAGGAUAUUUCCAAUUGUUGAAAAACUGUGUUUCCAGGAAACAGUGAGGGAAAAGAUAGGUCUAAGCAAAUGCUUCAUUUGAACAUUUAUCGUUUAAUUGUGCCAGUGACAAGUACUAUGCUAAUCAACAAAAACUAGCCACACUCCCUCUGGGAGGGAAGAGAGAGAUACUAAACAACUGUUCUCUAUGGUCACAAAUGAUGCAUAAACAGUGAAGCAAAGGAAAUAUUUUGGAAUAAAAUGGUAGUAGAGAUAGCCAUUCUACAACACUAAGGAUCAAACCCAGAGCCUUGUACAGUCAAGGCAAGUGUUUUGCCAUUGAGCCACAUCCUCAGCACGAGGUUAACCAUUUUAUGUGGAUAGCCAGAGGCAAAUAACUUGACAUUGUUCAAUAAGUGAAGAAGUUACCCUUGUGAAUGUAUGGGAAGAAAGCACUCUAGAUAGUGAAGAGUUCCAAAGCCAUCAACUAGGAUCAUAUUUGCAAUUUUAAGGACUAACAAGGAGGCCACUGGGCUUAGUGAGGCAACAGGAAUUGCAGUGUUAGAGCAGAUGCAGCAGGGAACAAGAUUCUGUUAAGUCUUAAUGGAUCGAGUAAGAUCCAUUGGCUGUGGCUUUAAUACAGAAACUGUUACAGAGGUUUUGAGAGGAAUGAUAAGUAAUUUAAGAGUAACUCUUGACUGGUUAAAGAGUAGGCCAUCUUUAGUUAAAAAGGGAAAACCCAGUAAGACCAGAUCAACUGCAGUGUUUUAGGCAAGUAAAGGUAUAGGCUACUGUGGUAGAAAAGUGAGAAAUGGUUAGGUUUUGAAGCAAAUUUGAUAGCACAGAGACUAGUUGUAGUGUAUAAGAUAGUGCAGUCAGCAACACUCUCACAUUUUUUGUUCUUGUGUGAGGAACUGAAAAAAAUGUUCCUCCUAAGUAAAGUGGUCACAAUUACGAAAGUAUGAAAUUUGGGAAUGGUAGCUGAGAGGAUUAGUUUACUUUUGAAAUAUUUGAAAUGCGCAUUAACUGUUCAAGAAGAGGUGUGGGUCUUUGGGUUCCCCUAAAACUUUUAAAAUAAAUUAAUCAGUGUGGUAGAGUAAGUAUUUAUAAUAUGAAUAUGACAUCUCAAAUCAAUAAGCUCUUUUCUAUGGAAAAUGUCACUUUCAGAACUGAACUGUACUGUUUUUAACAAAACCCAGAAGCAUGAAUGAAGAGUAAAUAUUCUGAGGUUUCAUAGACCUUGAGAACAAAGGUGUGGCUUAUUGGGAGAUUAAGAACAUUUGUUUGAGCACCUAGUCCAAGAACCACUGGUUCUUUAGAAAAGGCUUUCUAAUGUUAACAGAAGCACUGUGGAUUCUUUAAAAAAAUAAUUUGUAUUGAUGUUCUGAAGAUUUUAAAAAUAGGUCUAGACAUUGUUUCCAAGUUAUUAUGAAGCUUGAAAUCUUUGCUAGGUCGUAGCUAGUUAUUCAGCCACAAAAGCACAAACCAAAGGACUUUAAGUAAGGUUUUUUUUGUUUGUUUGUUUGUUUCAAAUAUUCUAGUAGCACUUUUUUUUCCUAGAAAAAUCAUCUUGAACUUUUUGGUUAACUUUUUUCAUAACUUUUAGCCUUGUAAUUCAGCAAAGAGCAACUUUAGGAGAAAGCCCAGCUGUGUCAUCUUUUUGAAUUAUGGCUGACUGUCCAUUUCCCCCUGCAGAUCCUCUUGUGCUAUUUUACUGUUUUGUGAGAUAUCUGUAAAUUGUUCGUGAAUGAGGGAGUCAGGGCACCACCAUCAGGCUUGUUCUUAAUUCACCUUGUAUCCAGAUCAAGUCACAGCAUCUGUAUCAAUAUAUGUUACCUAUUAAUAAAGCCUAAUUUAAAUACAAAUACUCAUCUUAAUUGUCCUUUCCCCCAAGCACUUAAGUGAGUCAUCUUGCAUGCUCCCUGAAGUAUGUUGCUUAGAUUUGGAGACCUGUAACACUGUAUUGGUUACUUUCUUGUCAAUGUGACAAAAUACCUGACAUGAAAUAAAAAGGAAUUACUUGA